AUGUACGUAACAAGGCCUCUGUCAAGGUACCUGGCCGACACCAAGGCCACGGCAGAGCCGCCGCCUGAAGGACCGGGCUCAGGGUUCCUCGUCGUGCUCGACGAGGCUACCGAGCAAGCGAGUACGCUCUGCUGUGGCCUGUGCCUAGAUCCCAGGGUGCGCCGUCUCCCAUUCCCUCAGAACAGGCAGCUCUCCGUGAGGCAGGGCAACAGCUCUGAUCCAUUGGAGGGUUUCGGGAAAUGUAUCGAUGUUAUCUCGGAGAUUCUAGGUAUGGAAGGUGUCGGCGUGCUCAAGGAGGAGGACCGGACGGAGUGCUGCUUCCGCUCAUUCCCCACCCACGUGAAGCCCAGGGCCUUUGACCACGGCGACGUCUACCAGCAGAUGCAGGUGCAGCAGUAUCGCGAAGGCUUCAAGGCAGCGGCGGUCGCCUCGGAGGGUAUCCCGCCAGACUACCUUUUGAAGAAGGGCUGGACGGUGGUCGCCAUGGCGAAACCGAAAUGGUAUGUCCCGUUCCUGUUCGUGAAGGGCGACGGGGAGCGCCGCCUGAAGGACCAGGUCCGUAAGAGCAUGUUCUACAAGAUGACGAUGGAGCAGAGCUGGGAACUGAUAUACAGCCGCGAGAACACUCACCUUCAAGGGAGCAGCAGUACCAAGGCGGCCGAAAUCACGGUGACUGCAACUGUGCGCCGCUUCACGGCACUGCUAGGCGGCAGCGGCACCACAGCGGUACAAGCAGGCGUGCCCCAAGCGGAUGGCGGUGCGAUGUGGUUCAGAGCAGCGGCGGCGGCAACAACCUGCGUGGGAGUUGUGGGCCUGGACAUGGUGCUGUGGGAGAGGAUGAGGUGGGAGGUGGAGAAGGGAGGCCGGUGGGUUGCGGCCACCGGCAAUGGCGACGAGGAGAGGAUCCAGCGGACAGAGAGGCGCGACGACGGCCUGGGCCACUGGAGCAAGUUUGGGUGCUAUUUGCUGGUGGAGAGGUUUGUGCUCAGGAGGAUGGAUGGCACCGUGGCACUCACCUGUGAGUUCAGGCACACAGACAAGAUUAGAGCAAAGUGGGUAUAA